GUUUGGUUGUCAGUUUGGUGUUUGGGAUCUCUCCGUGGAUAAAUGCGGCUUUUCCCUGGGAGCGGCUGGCAGGCCGGUGCUGUCCCGGGGGUUGUGCGGCUCCUGUGCCGGCCUUUCGGGACGUACCUCCCGAGGAGCUGCUGCGUUGACAGCGCCGCAGAAGUUCCUACAGGCAGAGAUGAAGCCUGGGAAAUCAUCACAUCUAAAGGAUUUACUUGGAGUAAAAUAUCACUGACUUCUACAAUGGAAAAAUCAUGGAUGCUUUGGACCUUUGUUAAAAGAUGGCUACUAGCUUUGGCUUCCUGGUCUUGGAGUCUCUGCCGUAUUUGUCUUUUACCCUUGAUAGUGACUUUCCACUUGUACGGAGGCAUUAUACUACUUAUAUUAAUAUUUGUAUCAAUAGCGGGUAUAUUAUAUAAAUUCCAGGAUGUGCUGCUUUACUUUCCUGAACAGCCGUCUUCAUCACGCCUUUAUGUUCCUAUGCCUACUGGUAUACCACAUGAAAAUAUCUUCAUCAAAACCAAAGAUGGAGUUCUUCUCAAUCUUAUCCUGCUGAGAUACACAGGGGACAAUGCAGCUUAUUCUCCAACCAUCAUUUACUUUCAUGGCAAUGCAGGCAACAUCGGCCACAGGUUGCCAAAUGCUUUGUUAAUGCUGGUAAACCUGAAAGUAAACUUGAUUCUGGUCGAUUAUAGAGGGUAUGGAAAAAGUGAAGGAGAAGCAAGUGAAGAAGGCUUGUACUUAGAUUCUGAGGCUGUGUUAGACUAUGUGAUGACUCGGUCCGAUCUUGAUAAAACAAAAAUUUUUCUUUUUGGCCGUUCCUUGGGGGGAGCAGUAGCUAUUCACUUAGCUUCUGAAAAUUCCCAUAGGAUUUCUGCCAUCGUGGUGGAGAACACCUUUCUUAGCAUCCCUUAUAUGGCCAGCACUUUGUUCUCUUUCUUUCCAAUGCGAUAUCUUCCCUUAUGGUGCUACAAAAAUAAAUUUCUGUCCUACAGAAAAAUCUCUCAGUGCAGAAUGCCUUCUCUCUUCAUCUCUGGGUUGUCUGACCAGUUAAUUCCACCAGUUAUGAUGAAGCAACUUUAUGAAUUAUCCCCAGCUCGGACUAAGAGAUUGGCAAUAUUUCCUGAUGGAACUCAUAAUGACACUUGGCAGUGCCAGGGUUAUUUCACUGCACUUGAACAGUUCAUCAAAGAAGUAAUAAAGAGUCACUCCCCUGAAGAAAUGGCGAAAACAUCAUCUAAUGUAACAAUAAUAUAAUUGAUAUUCUUCUUUGGGGUAGGGUGGGGGGAGUACCUGCACUGUAACUUGAUUUGUGAUAAGUGGUAAAAGAAUGUCCAUUUUUAAAUGUAUGUCAUGUCUGUACUUGCCUAAAGAGUGAAAUUAAACUUGGAAAGAUCUGAUAUUUUAUUAAGGUGUUCCAGAUAACUUUUACAUUUGCAGCAUUGUAAAUGAACCAUUUUAUGUCUUUCUCAUACUUUUUUGGUAUGUCUGUCCAUAAAUUCCAUUUCUUUGAUAUGUACAACAGAUGCUAUUAAAGGAACUUGCUACAAAAGUAGUGCAGAAUGUAUUAGUUUAGAACAACAGGAAGCUCUUCAGUAUUCACUGCUGUAUGUGUGAGCUUUUUGGACAGCCAUUGUUAGCACAAUGAUUUGUUGCUUCUCUUAGAGUUUAUUUACAGUGUGCCAUGCAUGAGAUUAGUGUUUUAUUCCUUGAAAUUUUAUAUUAUGCAAAGUGGGAAGUCUUUAAUGUGCUAAAUAAUAUAAAAUAACAUUAAUGGUAGGGUAUACAUGCAGGUAUACUAUCCUGGGUUAUUACUAGUUUUUUAUGGUUAUGCAAACAUAUAUAUUUCAAACUGCAACUGAAAAUGAAAAAAACAUUUUCCCUGUUUUCAUUUUACUAUUUGUAUUGUAAUAGUACACAGAAAGUUGUAUGUGCCUAAACAUACUUCAGGAUUUUACCCAGGCAAUUUUACCGUGGAAAAUAGAAGUAACCUUCAGAAAGAUAGCAGUGCAAUCUAAGCUCCCUUCUGCCUCAAGCCCUCCUCACUGAUGUACAUGCAAACUAUUUGUUACUAGUAGUCUGCUUGUGCAUUUUGAGGUGGUAUUUCUCAAGGCAAAAUGGGUGGUCAUACAAGGUAAAAGUAAGUAUCUGUGUUAGUUUUUUAGGCUGGUGUAGUUAAAUGUAUGUGCCCUUUACUUAUACUUCCAAAAGAAACAAAUUCAAAUAAUUAUCAGUGAUCACUUGAUUAGAGAUUAAUGUAUACAGUUGUUACAGUAAGGAUAAUAAAAACGAGCAGGUAGUCCUAGGCAGUGAUAUUAUUGAGAGUAGGAAGGCUCUGCAGAUACUGACUGGAUCAAUGGGCCAAAGCCAAUGGUAUGAGGUUCAACAAGUCCAAGGGCUGAGUCCUGCACUUGCGUCACAACAAGCCCAUGCAGCACUACAGGCUGGGGGAAAAGUAGCUUGAGAGCUGCUCAGCAGAAAGGGACUUGGGGGUGCUGGUCAACAUCCAGUUGGACGUAAGCCAGUAGUGUGUCCAGGUGGCCAAGAAGGCCAAUGGCAUCAUGGCCUGUACCUACUCCAGCAGGAGUAGGGCAGAGAAUGUCUGUCUGUCAGGGCUGGUGUGGCCACACCUUGGGUUCUGUGUGCAGUUUUGGACCCUUCAUGACAAGAAAGACAGUGAGGUGCUGGGGUGUGUCCAGAGAAGGGCAAUGGAGCUGGGGAAGGGCCUAGAGGGUAAGUCCUGUGACGAGCAGCUGAGGGAGCUAGGGUUGUUUAGUCCAGAGAAAAGAAGGCUCAGGGGAGAUCUUUUCGCUUUCUACUACCUGAAAGGAGGUUUUAGCAAGGUGGGUUUCAAUCUCUUCUGCCAUGUCUCAAGUGUUAGGACAAGAGGAAAUGGCUUUAAGUUGUGUCAAGGAAGGUUCAGACUAGAUAUUAGAAAAAAAAUUUUUACUGAAAGAGGUGCUAGGUAUUGGACUGAGUUGCCCAGAGAGGUGGUGGAGUCACCAUCUCUUGAAUUGUUCACGAACCAUCUGGAUGUGGCACUUGGGGAUAUGGUUUAGGAGUGAUUAUGGUGGUGUUAGGUUGAUGAUUGGACUAGGUAAUCGUGAAGAUCUCUUCCAACCUUAAUUCUGCAAUCAAAGACCUAUGCUGUUAGCUUAGUUUGUUUUGGAGUGUGGGAACUGUUUAUAUCUCUUCUGCAGGUUUAAUUUCUCAUCUGCUGCAGCUGAUUUUGCCUCUUCCAAAUAUUUUUUUUGGGGAAGAGCAAACUGAAAAAUCUUCCACACAAUGUGUAUGAUUACCCUUCAGAUUGAAAUUUUUAAAUAAACUUUUAUACCAUGUUGUCCUGAUUCAGAAAAGCAUCUCAGCACACACCUAAAAUCUGUUUCCUGAGGGACAGUGGUAUUUUAAGCUUGUGCUUAAGUUCUUUGGUUGAAUAAAACUGCUUUCCAGAACUGGUGCCUUAGUGGUUAUGCCUCCUAAUGGAAUUACAGUUCUUCUGUACACAUGCAUAAUAGUUAUCAGCAAUUUGUAGAUAGGAUGAUACAUCUUUACUUAAAUGUGAUUUUUUUUUUAAUUUUUCAAUAUAUAUACAUACCAGAACUUGCUGCUUUCUCUGGUAAGUAUAUUUUGUGAUACUAUUAUUAAGGUUUUCUUAGAGUUGAUUGAAAAAAAUAAAGAUCUUUUGGGAUCUAUAGACCUAAAAUCGUAGAGCAUAGUUUUAAAUCUGAGUGAAACCAAAACUGUAUUUUCAGCCUUACAGUGGUGGUGUUUUUUGGGGUUUUUUUGUUUCUUUUUUUUUGGGGGGGGGCAGACAGGCAGGGCAUGUGGGGAAGGUAUAUUUGAGAAGUUUGGCUGUGGGGAUGGGAGGUGAGGCGGUGUUUGUACCAGCAGAAAGGAGUUAGCAGACAUAGUAUUUCCUUUCCCUGGUGUGAGCUGCUUGCAUAGAUUGUUUCAUCUACUUCACAUUACUUUAGAAUAGAGGUGGAAGGAGAGAAGGAAAAUUGGCAGUCAAAUACUGCUUUUUUAAAAAUCAGUAAUAAAGCUAAAAGAAUAGAUUAAUUGUUGGAGACAGAAUUAAGAGAAAGUAGUUGUUUGUUUCAGUUGUCAUAACUUGCCAUUAAAUGCAAUUGUGAUUUUUUUCCUAAAAUGUCAGUUUCUAAACUAACAUGGAUUUUAACGCAACUUCCCACCCAUCAAAACAAAAAUCUCAACCCAAAAUACCCCUAGUAUUACAUGGCACUUAUGUACAAAUGAAGUAUUCUCAUUUGGGCAUACAGUUGCAAAUCAGAGUCAAUUGUGUGAUGUUAGAUUAUGGCAAUCUGAAACUGUCCAAAGUGGGCUCUGUGUAAAUAUUACUUUUGAUUAUCAAGCCAUAUAUUUUCACUAUACUGUCUGCAGGACAUAAAUAUGAAACUUUGUCUGCUUUUGCAAGUAUUGAGUGUGAGAAGACACAGUUGUCAUAUGUGCAUCCUUUACACUUAAUGUGGUUUCUUCCACCUUCCACAUAUGUUUUGCUUCUCCCUUAAUGGGUUGGCCACAUACACUUGUGAAUGAAUGUUAUCAUGCUAUUUUUUGUUGCAUUGGCUGUGAAAUCCACUGAAAGAAAACAGGAAGGAAAUGAUGUUUUUAUGCAAAUAUUCCACUCCUGUGCAUACAGUACUUUAAGGGAGGGAGGAGGGGGAAGGAACUUGUUCUGACAAGUCAAGACUUGUUUUUGUUUUAUGGACUGUGUGAUGGAAACCCACACUUACCUGCUGCUAAAAACUGAACUGUAAGCAACAUAGUAAUAAUAACUUUAAAUUGCCAAAAUGUGUGCUAUGAUACUGUUGCAUUUAUUUAAUACCAUUAUAUGUUUUCUCAUAAAAGUUAUCCAUUUGUAUAUAGAUAUUUCUCAAGUAUUUGUCCUGUACGUAUGAAUUUCUAGUUUGGGAAAAAGUUGAGUUAUUUUCAUAGGUUUGUACAAAAGCUUCUUGGUUUAAACAUGCUCGAUAAAGGAAUUGUCUGUUUUAUAAGAGGAAAUUUAAUUUAAAAAAAAAAAAGGAAAAACAAAGGUGGAGGGGGGGCAGGAGUUGAACAGCUGUAGCAGUAGAGUCCUUGUAAGUAAGCAUAAGACCUUGUGUGCACAUGUGUGUGGUUUUAAUCAGUGGAAAUACUUGAGGCUUCCUGCUAACCCAAGUUUACAUUCCCAGUAUUUGUUUCUGAACUGUGAAAUGCAGAGAGAUAAGCUGUGCUUUCUUCUGAAGACAUGUUAACUGGUUUAGCUGCCCUCAUGUCCAUUUCUCAGGUAAAAUUAGAAAUAGAGCACAAAUGCAUUUGGUAGGCUACGGACAAUCUCUCAGCUGAAGGGCAGAAGGAUUAACUAUUUAUACAAAAUAUGCAUAUCAGCAUCUCUAAGCUAAUCAUUUGGGUCACGUUGGAUGUUCACAGUGAAGAAUGCAAGGCUGAAUUGAGAGUCCAAGGUAUGGUCUCUUCUGUUAGCAAAAAGAUGCAGACGUACCUCCAUUUGUAUUUCAUAAUUCAGUUCUUGAAAAGUACAUUUUUAUUUUUGUUAAUGACAUGUCAUUUUGCUGGAGGCACUUCUGCCAAAUAUAAAAUCAGUGCCUCUUGCAUGUAGUGGGAUCAGCCUGAUGAAUCCCAUUAGGUAUAAUUUGCAAUGCCAUCCUGCUUGUAUAAUUUAAAGUAGAACCCCGCAGAAGUGUAAAUAGAGAUAGCAUAUUGAAGUUCUAAAUAACACUUGUGUUUUGAAUUCAGAAACAGUCACUGGAUAUAAGAUGCAAGCUUUUUAUUUGAUUUUUCUUUAAUAUAUAGUUAAGGCAAAACUGUCUUAUAAAAUAUUCUUAAGUUUUGUAGACAAAGCGUAAAUGUGACUGUAUAUGUGCUAAUUGUGGCAAAGUUUUACAUUCUCAUUCUAGUCUGGUUUUUACAAUAAAGUUAAUUUUACAAAAAA